UUACAGCAGUCACAUUUAAAUGCUGCGGAGUGUUUUGAAUUUAUUACACACUUGCAGCGCUCAAGAAGUUUUCGACACAUUGCAGUUCGUCUUCAUGGUAACAUAAACCGUUGUGUGCGUUUGUUCUGGAGACGACAAAGACUCAGUGAGCCGCAUGGAAACACAGGGCUCAGCUUUCUGUCUGCUGUCGAGUUAUUGGUAGACAGGGUGUUUUUUUUUCGUGGUGCUGGUCGAUGUGAAGGCAGUUGUUGAGCCGCUAGCACCAGCACGAGUGUUGUCGCACGUUACGUGUGGAGCAUGUGCUCUUAGGUGUUUUAGUUUGUAUCCUACACAGUGGUCCGUCACAAAGGGUUCAUUGAGUUUUUUAAUACUUACUGAAAGAUGCGUCUGCUUGGUGGACGUCUAAACCAGCCUGAGUGGAGAUUUUAGCGUGAAGCUACUGUACAAGUAUUAAAGGACAGUUUGGGGGGAAACGUAGCCACGUUGACUCCAAAGCAACAUGCCUAUUAGGCGUUUUGGGGGUCACAGGUCUUUAGUUUCUCACUCUCCAAAGCUGUCGUAUGGUUUCACGAAAAUGAAUGUUUCCAGAAGCGGCUACCGUGUUUUUUCUGCCAACUCCACCACCGCCUGCACAGAGCUGGCCAAGAAGAUCACAGAACGCUUGGGGGUCGAGUUGGGCAAGUCAGUGGUUUGUCAAGAGUCAAAUACAGAGACUAGAGUGGAUGUGAAAGAGUCAGUCCGUGGACAAGACAUCUUUAUCAUUCAGACCAUUCCCAGAGAUGUCAACACAGCCAUCAUGGAGCUGCUGGUUAUGGCUUAUGCCCUGAAGACCUCCUGUGCCAAGAAUAUCAUCGGGGUCAUACCCUACUUUCCUUACAGCAAGCAGUGCAAGAUGAGGAAGAGGGGAUCCAUUGUCUGCAAGCUGCUGGCAUCCAUGUUAGCCAAAGCUGGGCUAACUCACAUCAUCACCAUGGACCUCCACCAGAAAGAAAUCCAGGGCUUCUUCAACUUCCCUGUUGACAACCUAAGAGCUUCCCCCUUCCUCAUUCAGUACAUCAGGGAGGAGAUCCCAGACUACAGGAAUGCCAUAAUUGUUGCAAAGACACCCUCAGCUGCCAAGAGAGCUCAGUCCUAUGCUGAGAGGCUGCGACUUGGGCUGGCAGUGAUGCACGGGGAGGCCCAUCAGUCAGAAUCAGACAUGGUUGAUGGUCGACAAUCUCCUCCCUUGUCCCGCACCACCACAGGACAUACUGGCCUUGAGCUGCCAUGUAGCAGACAUCAUGUCCCAUUCCCUGGGAUAGAGCUUCCAAUGAUGAUGGCGAAGGAGAAGCCACCUAUUACUGUUGUUGGAGAUGUAGGAGGCAGAAUCGCUAUCAUUGUUGAUGACAUGAUAGAUGAUGUGGAGGAAUUUGUUGCAGCAGCAGAAAUCCUGAAGGAGAGAGGAGCCUACAAGAUCUACAUCAUGGCUACACAUGGCCUGCUGUCUGCAGAUGCACCAAGACUAAUAGAGGAGUCUGCUAUUGAUGAGGUGGUGGUGACCAACACUGUACCUCACGAGGUGCAGAAACUGCAGUGUCCAAAAAUCAAAACUGUGGAUGUCAGUAUGAUCCUGGCCGAGGCGAUUCGGCGCAUCCACAACGGAGAGUCCAUGGCCUAUCUGUUCCGCAACAUCGCUGUGGAUGACUGAGGCAACACACACACUUAACAUUCCUGCACACACAAAGUCAACAUUAUCAAGCACACACCGAUGGCCUAGAAUCACGUUUUCUCUGCUUUAACCUGUUGUUCCUGUUUGUUUUGCUGAGAAACAUGUUGACAGAAAUGGGCUUUAUUUACUGUAUGUUACAUUUGAAGCAACUCAAACUCUGCUUUAUUCUUCAGAUAUGUCACAUAGCGGGACUGUACAAACAAAACCAACAGUUCUAAUUCACUAAAAUAUGCGUCCUACCAUCUGAAAACAUGAAUAGCACAACAUAUUGUAUCAUGUGCAGCCUCUGAAUACACUGCAGAAUUUGGCAAAUAAAACCAUUCUUCUUGGGUGA